AUGACAAGUUCAAAGGUAUGUAUGUUUUCACAAAAUUUAUUAUCUAAUCCUUAAAUAUUUAAAUGCUUUUUUAAUGUUAAAUACAUUUGUGUGUUUAUUAUCAGAAAGACAGUAGCUGGUUGAUGCCAUCAUUCGAUUAUGAACCUAUUAAAAAAACACCAGAUGUUAAAUGCAGCAUUUCACAAGUAUCUGAAACUAGUGUUUCAGAAAGAUCAAGAGAAUAUGAUAUAAUUCCAGAAAAGAAGAAUACCAAUAAUUUAUCUGCAUUGCUGAAAGCUUGCGAACCACAAACUAGUUCUGAAUUAGUAGUUAGCAGACAGAAACGAGGAGAAAUUUCAGAUUGGUUACAAUAUAAAGUAAAAAAAGGAAAACCUGCCAUAUUAAUUUUAUCUGGUCCAUCCGGUUGUGGAAAAACAGCAGCUAUAACGGUUCUUGCAAAAGAAAAUGGUUUUAAUAUUACAGAGUGGAUCACUCCAAUUGACCAGAUUAUAGCUGAAAAUAACAGAAUAACUAGACAAGGAGAAAAAUUUGAAGAAUUUUUAAUUAGAGUUACUCGAUAUAGUUCAGUUUUAAGUAAUUAUUCUAGUCGUUUACUUCUUGUAAAAGAUUUUCCAAAUGUCUUUUAUGAAGAUAAAGAGGGAUUUUACUCUCUGUUGGGGAGAUAUUUUGAAAUGGGAAGAGAACCUAUAGUCUUUAUAUGUACAGAAGGAGGAAGUUUAAAAUUGCUUCAGACAUUAUUUUCUUCUAGUAUAAGAGAAAAAUUUGGCAUUGAUUUGAUUAAUGUAAAUUCUGUCACACAAACUGCAAUGAAAAAUGCAUUGAAGAGAAUAGUUAAUAUUUUAAAUUCAACUGCUGGGCAUAUGUUACAUGUCUCACAACACAAAGUCAAUGAAAUAUUAUCAAAUAAUAUAGGAGAUAUUAGAAAUGCUUUGUUAAAUCUUAUUUUCAUCUCAUUAAAAGGAAUCCAAAUUGAAAACAAUUGGAAAUUUGUACAUGAUCCUGAUGAAUUGGCAACCUUUUUUCAAUCACAAGCAACAGUAUUUUUAAAUUUUCUUCAAGAAAAUUUUUUGAAUACCAUGAGAGACAUAGAGAAAGUGGAUGUCUGUACAAAUAUUUUAAGUUUAGCAGAUAUUUUGAAUUCUGAAUGGCGAGAUUUUAAUUUAAACAAAGUUAUUUUAUCUUUUUGCAUCCGAGGUUUAAUGGUAACGAAUGAAAAACCAGUUUCUGGAUGGAAUCCUGUAAGAAAACCACCAAGUGAUCAAAUCGAUGUGUUAGUAUGGAAACGUAUGAUAGUGCAAAGAUGUCUAGCAGCUGUCGAAAUUCGAUGGUACGAAUCCAUAAUCAAUUUGAAAUCAAGAAAUAUAUUGGAAGAACCCGUUAACGACAUUGAGGAGAUUAUUGAAUGA